AUGGGUUCUUGCACAUCAACCACAAAACAUCGACAAAAAGAUCAACAACAAUUGCAUAAACGAAUUGCAUUAAAAAAUUCAAUUGCUCUUGACAAUAAAGAAAAUUCAUCAUUAUUAUUGCCUCAAUAUCCCAAUCAACAAUCUCAACGUCCUCAUUCUUUAUUAUCUAAUUUUGAUAUUCAAUCACCUUCUUUACAAGAAUCAACUUAUCAUCAUUCACUUAAUACAAACAGUUUAAUACAAUUAUAUUCACCUAAUAUGAAUAAUAAUAAUAAUUCUAAUAGAAAUAGUUGGAUAUCAUCAUCAUCUUUUACAUCACAUAUUCCAACACGUAUUCCAGUAUCAACAACUCGAUUACCUAUUCAUCAAUUACAAUCAUCAUUAAUAAAUUCUGUACCAUUUACUAAUGUAACUACUACAUUUGGUACUCCUAAUGGGACAGGUUUCUCUCAAUCAAUGUCAACAACAAAUCGUGCACCACAUGCAUCAUCUAUACAAAAUAGCACACACCCUCGUUUUGGUUUUAUACCUCGACCAACAGCACCCGGUUUACAACAAACACAAACAUCAUCAUCAUCAUGUGUAGUUCGUAGUCGUUCAAUUAGUCCAUCAUCAUCAUCAUCGAUUAGUGCUAAUUCUUCAUCGACAACUAGUUCUCAACGUUUAACAAAAACUCAAACAAUACCAAAACCAAUAUCAAAUCGAUCUAUUACUUCUUCUUCGAAUACUAAUCAUGUAUUAAAAUCUAAAACAGUUCCUUCUUCUCACAAUAAUAAUAAUAAUAAUAAUAAAGAUUCAUCAAAAUUAACAAUAACUAAUCGUUUUCAUUCAAAUAUACCUUCACAAGUUUCAAAUUCAUCUGUAUCUAUUAGUCCUCCUCAUAUUCAAUCUACAAAACCAAAUGUUAAUGUUAUUCGUGAUCGAUAUAAAACUCAAAAACGUAUGAAUUUUUAUACUCGACAUAGUUCAAUACCAAAUUCACUUAAAUCUCCAUCAGUAAUUAAAGAAGAAAAAAAUGAACUAUCAUCAUCAUCAACUGAUGAACAUAUAACAAAUAUUCCAAAUAAUAAUCAAAAUGAUGAUUUAAAAACAGAAUCAUCUCAUCAAAUAUCUUCUUCACAUGGUGAUUCUGCUUAUGCAAGUAUAAUAUUACCUUUAAAUCGUUUAUCAUCUACACAACAUUCUCAAAUUAAUCGACAACGACAACAUCGUCCUAGUACAUCAUCAUCAUCUACACAUGUAUCUGACAUAUUAAAUAAUGAUUCAUUUCUUGAUGAUGAUAAUUGUAGUCUAAAAUCAGAUGAUUUAAUAUGUGAUUAUGAUGAUACAUUAACACUUGAAUCUGUUAGUAAAAAUGAUCAAACAGAUUCAUUAUCAUCUACAUCAUUAUCUAUUGAAACAAGUAAAACACCUAUAAUGAUAACAGCAACUACGAUAAUAAAACCAAAUAUUCCAUUAUUUCAAACUGUAUCAAAAGAAAAUCGUUCUUCAUCUAUAGUGAAAUGUUCAACAACUGAUAAAAUAAAUGCUAAUCUUAGAGAAUCACUUGAUGAAUUAACUGAAUUGAGUAAUCGAAUGGACAAUAUUAUUGAUAGUGAACAUAAUCGAAGAUUAUUAACACGCUCAUUAACAUUAAAGCCACCAACUCCAUUACCACCACGUGAGGAUGCUGAACAAAUAAUAAUGGAUAUUGAAUCUUAUCGACAAGUAAUGAAAGAUGUUACGGUUGUUAAAACAAUUCUUCAUCAACUUGAUCGAUUAUUGAAACAUUCAGAUGGUACUAAUAUGACUGAUUCAAUGAUUGGUUCAUUUCAUGAAUCUAUGAUCGGUCCAAGACAUUAUUCAAUAAGUGGUGGUGAAGGUAAUGUUCGAAAUAUAAUUGAUGAAAAUUCUUCUUAUGAUGAUUUAGUUAAAGAAGUUACAAUAUUACGUAAAGAAAGAGAACAAGAUAAACAAACAAUUAAAUUAUUACAAGAUCAAAUGUAUAAAUAUUCCAGUCAAACUAACAUUUAA